GACCAAACGUCUCUGCCAUCUCGCCGUCGGCGUCCGUCUCAGGCUUCCCGCUCUCCCGCUCGCUCGUCUGUCCUCCGUCGCCAUGCACUCCCGUCUCUUCCUGCUCCUGGCCAUUGUCGUGCUCGUCCUCGUUGCCCACUCUGCCGAGGCCAGCCAGCGCAAGGCCAAGAAAACCACCAAGAAGACCACCACCACAAAGCCCACCAAGCCCACCAAGGCUCCUGCUCCUCCCCCGCCUCCUCCCAGCGGCGGCAAGAGCCUGGCCUAUGCCACCUACCACAUGUACACGAGCAGCGAGAGCCUCUCGACUGUUGCCUGCAGCGACGGAUCCAACGGCCUCAUGACCCGCUGGGGGUACUCCAACCUCAGCCCAAUGUGGCCCUAUGUCAUGGCCUUUAACGGCGCCGGCUGGAACAGCCCCAGCUGCGGCACCUGCAUCGAGCUCACCGACACCAUCACCGGCAACACCAUCCACGCCACCGUCAUCGACCAGUGCGGCCCUCCCCCCAGCGGAUACAGCGCCCACUUUGACAUUGCCCCUCCUGCCCACCAGGAGCUCUUUGGCGCCUCGGCCAGUGUCAGCAAGGGCUUUGGCAGUGCCACCUACCGCACCGUCUCCUCGUCCAACUGCCGUGGCAACCGUGGAUAAUCGAUAUCCUCCCUUUUCAUGUCGCCCUCUGGCCCGCAUUUCUAUCCUGCCCAUCUCUUUCGUCCAACGAACCACCGCCCGUCGCGGGUGGGUGCUCAAGUCUGCAUUUCCAACAACCCCAUCCUAGCCGCUCGCCACACCCAUCCACCGCCGCAUUUCGCACACACUCCUGAAUCUAAUCUGUCUUCAGUAGAGAAAAUGGCGCCUCGCUCACUCCCCCCAUUCGCUUUCCUUUGCUCUUCUUCGAAACCCUGACUAUUGACCUCCAUAUCUCGACAAGCCGUUUAGGCUGAAAACACAUAGAAGGCUGGUUCUUUCUACCAUGAUGUUCUUCUCGCGACCAAUUGGUUCCAGAAUACAAUCGAUUGCUUUGACACA